AUGAAAAUUUACAUUUACCUAAUUGUAACGUUAUUUCUCCUCUUAAACGGUUUCUCAACCGCACAAACUCUGAUUCGAGACUCAUGCAAGAAAGCUGCAGCUUCAAGCCCAAAGUUCAAAUACGAUAUAUGCGUCAAGUCUCUCGAGGCGAAUCCUCAGAGCAAAGCCGCUAAAGACCUCGCGGGACUAGUCGUGGCAUCGACCAAAAACGCAGCGUCUAAAGCGACUAGCUUGAAAGGAAGUGUUGACAAGAUCCUCAAGGGGAAGAAAAUGAACAAAUUGACUGAGAUGCCUUUACGUGAUUGCCUCCAGCUUUAUACCGAUGCUAUUGAUUCUUUAAAUGAAGCUUUGGCGAGCGUUAAAAAGCGCGACUACGGUACCGUUCGCACGGUUCUGAGUGCUGCUAUGGAUGCACCAAGCACUUGUGAAACUGGAUUCAAAGAAAGAAAACCUCCGCAGAAAUCUCCGGUUACCAAAGAUAACGAUGCUUUGUAUCAGAUGGUUCUGAUUCCUUUAGCUUUCUCAAAUAUGUUGAAAUGA